CCGUCGGGACCAUGGCCAUGGAUGAUCUUGGACGUUGACCUUGACACGAAUGAUAUGACCGACCGUGACUCGGAUGUCCCGGAUCAAUCCUGGCCGGGCUACCCUCGGAACCAGUUCAGGAAUUGGACCACAGAUCAAGUAAAGCGAAGCAAGAUGUUCGAAAAGUGUUCAACGAAUCAAUAUAGCACUAUUUGCUGGAUGGAUGUGCGUGAACCAGACGGGAAGUUUACCAAAUCAGAUGUGGGAGGAAAGGGUGACACUACAGUGGUAUCGACUCAAGAUCCGGACGAGUUUUGGGAAAUUUGUGAUUUGCAGGGACCAGAAAACAUCCGAGUGCGAUCGUUGUUUGUGGAUGAUUUGACGCAACCGGUCUUGCGCAUGUUGGGGACAAGAUACAAUAUCGAGCCAUUCUUUUUCACGUCCUCCAUUAAUUGGAUACCCUCACGAUACCAGGAAGCACCUCGUCAUCGAGAAGGAGAUCAUAUCACUAUUACCUUACCAUUUUUGCGAUCGCAACAGAAAUCGCAAUCAUCGUGCCCCCCCUCAUCACCAACUGACCCUGAAUGGGGCAUCACGACCAGUAGGUGGCUCAUCACCUUAUCGCAUUCCCCUCAAAUGUCCCUCCUAGAUGGCCGCAUGUUCUUCAUUGACCUACUUGCAAUCCACAUGGUCCGCGACGUAAAAGAAAACACUAUCAUAUCCUAUCAUCCCGAGUCUGCAGGGCGUCGAACAUCUGCGAAGCAUCUCUGCCGGCUUAUACAGCUUGUGGGGGAAAGUGUGUACUGGCAAAAAAUAUUCAGCCAGUCCAAAGACCCGACAUUCCUCUUUCUUGCAAUUUUAUGGUAUGCGCUAUAUGCAUGGGAUGAGUCCCUUGAUUUGCUAUACCGCCAUGUUAUCGACCUGGAAUUACAAGUACUGCAUCUGGACAACAUCUCACUUACACAUGACCUCCAUGUCCUUGAAGCACGUCUUUUGUACUACCAAUCGCUCUUGCAUAGCUUCAAGAUAUCAGUAACAUUUAUUAAGACGACCCCCAAUCCAGCCAUGGAGUCCCAUGGAGUUACUAACAAAGAGCGCAGGGACUCUUUUGCACUUAUGAAGAAGGAGUGCAAUAAUCUACUCAGCGAAAUCGAUCGUCUAGAAAGGCAACGGACGAUGCUGAGCAAUCGACUGAAGAAUGCGAUGGACCUCGUGUUUGCGAUCGUUAAUACUGAGGACAGUAGGCGGAUGCAGAGAUUCUCAUACCUUACUAUGGUCUUCCUACCAGCAACUUUUAUUGCGUCUAUCUUCACGAUGAACGUUCAAGAGAUUAACAAUGGGAAACAAACACUUGGUCAUUAUGUGAUAGCCACCGUUUUGCUCACGGUUUUCACGGUUUACAUCGUUGUCAUGCUUCAGAGACAGAACUGGGUCCACAGACGCCAGGCUACCUUGCUGCAGCGUGCAGUGUGGCCCAUUCAUUUACUCUGGAUAAUCAGUCUCCCUCUACAAGACGUGUGGGUGCGACGGUACAGGAGGUCUCCAACGGUUAUAGAUGUCACGGCGUGA